AUGUUUGAUACUGCGCCAAGGAACAACCUCCUAUUACUUGCGAAUAUGUUUUAUUCGUUCCCUGAUGCGUUUGAGAACAUUAGGUCAUUUGGUUUUGCCUCUCUUAGUGCUACUCUCUCACUUCUCCGUGGAGAACAUACUGGCCUUCAAACUGUCAGAGGAUAUUUCUUGCUUCACGGUUCAAUAGCUGUAAAAGCAUCCCCUGAAGUGUUUAGGCAGUUUCACAUCUUUGCUUCCUUUGGUAUCGUGCAAGCUGCUGGCUUCCCGACUCAUUGGGCCCGAAGGGUGAUUCGUUCUUAUCGUGUGGUCCAUUUCUCUCCGUUCCCAGGUGAUCGUGAAGCAUUUGACCUCUAUAUCAUUGAACAUCGCUACAUUUAA